AUGCCCCUUGUGCCUGCCCAUGUACUCCAUGCCACGUGCAAACAGAGCAGCGCGAGUCCGGCGCAGUGGCUCCCGGCCCGGUCAGGCUCAGCGAUGUACCUUGCCUUCCGCGGGACUGGUGAUGUCCAAGAUGCUGCGAUCGACUCGAGCGCUGUGCCCGGCACGGUCAGGUUCAAAGAGCAUGGCGUGCACAGUGGGAUCGCCAACGCCGUUGAGCAGGAAGGAGAUGAGGUGGACCACGUGGUGGAAGACAUCCUUCAAGUGGUGAGUGAGCACCGCGAUGCUGGGGAGCCGCUGGUACUCUGCGGACACUCGCUCGGUGGUGGCUACGCGCAAGUCAUGGCCGUCCACUUGCUCCGCCGGGAUGUCAGCGUAUCGGCAGUCCGUACCUCUGGUGCACCGCACGUCCUGGUCCCUCCCAGGGCUGGGGCGCCUCAGCAACUGUGGCAGCGGCUGCACGCGAUCACACAGCACUGGGUGCAUGACUGGGAUCCAGUCCCGCGGCUUCCCCUUUGCAAGAGCUGGCUGGUGGAUGUCCUGCCGAAGCUGAAGCAAGAAAUUGCUGGAGGUAUCAGGGCUGGAAGGCUUUCAAGAAAGCUACGAUGCCAGCAGAGGCCAUCUGUUGGAGAAGUACGAUGUGGUGGGUGA